AUUGAAAACUCAGAACGGUCACCGAUUCAAAACAACAGCUAUAUAAACAACAUACUAGGUGGUACCAAAAUUAAAGAAAACCUAAGAAAGUGUCACAUUCAACAUCAUUCAUUAUGUUAUCAUCAAAAGCAAAAGCUUUGUUUUUCAUUUUUAAGAUAUUGAUGUUGAAUGUCAUAACACAUGCAUGUGGUCCAUGCAUUCAACCAAAUCCACCACCUUAUCACAACAAACCAAGUCAUCCAAAACAUCCACCGCAUCACCACCACGGCGGCGGAGGUGGAGGAAAACAGCCAGUAGUAUCCCCUCCUCCUGUGGUUGUCGUGCCGCCGAUUAUUGUCACACCACCACUUCAACCACCGCCGACGAUUAUAUAUCCACCACCAACAACUCCUGUUUUUCCUCCACCAACUACUCAACCAACUUGUCCAAUUGAUGCACUCAAGCUAGGGCUUUGUUUGGAUGUACUUGGAGGACUUAUUCAUGUUGGAAUUGGUAACCCUGUUGAGAAUGUGUGUUGUCCUGUUAUUCAAGGGUUGGUUGAUCUUGAAGCUGCAAUUUGUCUUUGUACUGUUAUUAGGGCUAAGGUUCUUAAUCUUAAUAUUUAUCUUCCUCUUGCUCUUCAAGUUUUGGUCACUUGUGGGAAGACUCCUCCUCGUGGUUUUGUUUGUCCACCUCUCUAUAAUUAAGCAAAAGCUCUACAUGCAUGCAUGGUCUAGACUUACUAGUGGUUUGGUUAAUUUCAAGUUAAUUGAUCUACUAAAUCAUGUGUUUUUCUCUUCUAAUUAGGGUUUUAGGGUUUAUGUAAUGGGAUGAGAUUCUCUUCCGUGGGGUUUUUACUCACUAUAUCGGAUUACCCGCGGUUGACAUGUUCUUGUAUUCACGUUGUUGGCCACAUUGGUGGUCAUUUGAUCGAGAUUGGAUGGUAGAGAUUUUUGGAUUUUUCAAAAAAAAUCUAAAUUUUAAAUAUUGUUUGGUCUCGAUUCAAUAGUCACUGACAUGGCUGACCACAUGAAUGUGGACCUGCUGACUGCAAGGAAUCACAAUUCGGUUUUUACAUAAGGGUAUGUCUAGUGAAAAUUUUCACCAUUC